AUGUCUAUGUCAAUCGAUGAAUGCCAGACGCCGCGUCCCGGCUUUCCUAAGCCGGUGCCGUCGGGCCCAACAAACGUCCUCGAACAAUUCAGCAUGAAGGGCAAAGUCAUCGUUGUCACCGGCGCAGCAGAAGGCAUUGGCGGCGCUGUCGCCGACGCAAUGGCCGAGGCUGGCGGAGACGUCGCAUUGUGGUACAACUCCAACCCCGAAGCCGAAAAGCGCGCCCAGCGCCUCGCACAGGACUUUUCCGUCAAAACCAAGGCCUACUCCGUCAACAUAACCUCCGCCUCCGCCGUGGAAUCCACACUCGCCCAGGUUGUCGCUGACUUCGGCAAAGUCGACGUCUUCGUCGCCAACGCCGGUACCGGCGAUUCUCAACCCUUGCUCGAGCAGACGCUGGAUGCGUACCGCAACCUGAUGGCGGUCAAUGUCGAUGGCCCCGUAUUCUGUGCCAAGUAUGCCGGCGAGAUCUUCAAGAAGCAAGGCUUUGGCAAUCUCAUCCUCACCGGCUCGAUUUCGAGCCACAUCGUAAAUGUGCCUGUUGACCAGCCGAUUUACAACGGCAGUAAGGCGUUCAUCACACACAUGGGCAAGAGCUUGGCGCGUGAGUGGCGGGACUUUGCGCGGGUGAACAUUGUGAGUCCUGGAUUCUUCGACACGAAAAUGGGCGCGGGGCCGAAGGUUAUCACUGAGGGAUUGAGGAUGAUACCGUUGGGAAGGCAAGGCAAUGUGAGGGAGAUCAAGGGUGUGUUCUUGUUUUUGGCAAGCCAGGCGUCGAGCUAUGUGACAGGAAGUGACUACCUGAUUGACGGCGGUUAUGUGCUGCCGUAG